GCGCGCGCACACUCACUGGGAAGCCGAACAGGUGGCCGCAGUGGCUCGCGCACGCAGCUCGCAAGCUGCGGCAUGGAGGCGAGGUGAAGGACCUCGCGCCCCUUCUUCCUACUCCUCGGGAUUACAAUUCUCUCUGCACCCACCCCACACACACACACACACACACACCCCACCCACGCCGGCGACGCCACGGCGGUUGGAUGCGAGGACAGGAGCAGCGCGAGCGUUUCGUCGGGAGCCGGGCGCCGCGCGCCGAACUAAGCUGUAGACCAUGAAAGUGACGGUGUGUUUCGGCCGGACCAGGGUGGUGGUUCCCUGCGGAGACGGCAGCAUUAAAGUGCGCGCCCUCAUCCAGCAAGCCGCCAUGCGCUACAGGAAAGCAAUCGCAAAGGACCCAGGCUACUGGUUACAAGUACACCGACUGGAGCACGGCGAUGGGGGCAUCCUGGACCUGGAUGAUGUUCUGUGCGAUGUGGCGGACGACAAAGACCGGCUGGUGGCCGUGUACGAGGAGCAGGACCCGCACCACGGGGGCGAUGGAACCAGCGCCAGCUCCACAGGCACACAGAGCCCCGAGAUGUUUGGCAGCGAGCUCGGCUCCAGCAACGCGUCGUCCUUCCAGCCUUACCAGGCGACCAGUGAAAUUGAGGUCACUCCCUCUGCUCUCCGCACCAAUAUGCCUCUCCAUGUGCGGCGUAGCAGUGACCCGGCGCUGGCCGUCCUGACUGCCCCCCUCGGAGAGACCCUCGGUCUGCCAGAGGAACCAUCCCGCAGGAACCCUACGCGCUGGUCCACCACGGCCGGCUUCCUCAAGCCCAAUUCAGCACCUCGCACCAACAGCUUGGAGCGCAAGGGUAAACCUUUGGACACGUACCGGAGCCUUCCACGAGACGGCAGGAACUGGCCGUCGCAGUUUCAAAGGGAGAACGCCCGCUCCUCCCUCAGCGCCAAUCACCCUAUGGUGGACCGGUGGCUAGAACGACAAGAACAGGAAGAGGAAGAGGACAGGAGGAGGGAAGAGGAGGAAGGAGAGGAGAACGGCAGGAUCGAACCGGUGGGACGUGCCGACUCGGGACUCGAUCAUGCCCCUCCACUGUCUCUGGACGACAUUGUGAAGCUGGUAGAGGUCUGCAAUGACGGCGGUCCUCUGGGAAUCCACGUAGUGCCUUACAGUGGGCGGGACCGAAGGACCCUGGGGUUGUUGGUGAAGCGCCUGGAGAAGGGUGGCAAAGCGGAGCAGGAAAAUUUGUUCCAGGAGAACGACUGCAUCGUCCGCAUCAACAACACAGAUCUGCGCAACAUCCGUUUUGAACAAGCGCAGAAUGUGUUCCGGCAGGCCAUGCGCACGCCUGCCAUCCUCUUCCAUGUGGUGCCAGCAGCCAAAAAGACCCAGUAUGACCAGCUGUCCCAGAGCGAGAUGGGACCUGUGUAUGUGGCUGGCCGUUUCAGCCCGGACUCUCAGAGCAGCGAGCGGGGCAGUCUGCCGGGGGGGCUGGACCACACCCCUCAGAGGAUGUCUCAUCUGGGGACGCAGGCGCUAGCGGAACAGGGCAGCUUCUACUCUCCGAUACCUCAUCCCAGUGUCUCGGUGGGGAAACCCCCCUUCGGUUGUGUGCCUUCCCCCCAGAAGGCACUCACUUCCACCCCUUCCACGGGCUACACCAAAAAAGUGGGCAGAAGGCUCAGCAUCCAGCUGAAAAAAGGCCCUGAAGGUUUGGGCUUCAGCAUCACAUCUCGUGACGUCCCCAUCGGGGGCACCGCGCCCAUCUAUGUGAAGAACAUUCUCCCUCGCGGGGCAGCCAUACAAGACGGCCGCCUGAAGGCUGGAGACCGACUACUGGAGGUGAAUGGAGUGGACAUCAACGGCAAGACGCAGGAAGAAGUGGUGGCUUUGCUCCGAGGGACGCAGAUGGGUGGUUCAGUGGGCCUGGUGAUCCUCCGGCAAGAGGACGCCUUCCUGCCCCGUGAAGUGAGUGCAGAGCCCCUACAGAUGCAGAGGCCGCGAGAUUUGAAAGCAGAGGAAGAUGACCUGGUGCUGACGCCGGACGGGACGCGGGAGUUCCUGACCUUUGAGAUCCCGCUCAACGACUCGGGAUCGGCUGGUCUCGGGGUCAGUGUCAAAGGGAACCGUUCGAAGGAGAGCCACGCCGACCUGGGCAUCUUUGUGAAGUCCAUUAUCAACGGCGGCGCCGCAUGCAAGGAUGGACGGCUCCGAGUCAAUGACCAGCUGAUAGCAGUAAACGGAGAGUCGCUGUUAGGCAAGGCAAAUCAGGACGCCAUGGAAACGCUGCGCAAGUCCAUGUCCACUGAGGGAAACAAGCGCGGGAUGAUCCAGCUUAUAGUCGCCAGGAGAGUUGCCAAGCGAAAUGAGUUUGAGACUCCUGGGAGCUCUCAGCCGACGGACGUUCCUCUGAACUCCUCAUCCGCUGAUCACGAACGAAGGAUUUCCCAGUCCUUGUAUGGGGGCAUCGAGGGCCUGGAUAACAACGUGACGUCACGUACGGGGAUGAUGGGCAGGAUGAUGGGGAUCUACCAGUUUUCCCCCACCGUGAACAUGCCCCAGGACGAUACGGUCAUCAUCGAGGACGAUAGGCCGCCCGCCAUCCCAGCUCACCUGUCGGACCACUCGUCCUCCAGCUCUCACGAUGACAUGGGCUUCUCCUCGGAGGCUCCUGGCCCCUGGGUGAAGGACCUGCAGAACGAAUGCUCCCUGAGCCCCGACGCCGACCCAGACAUCGCCUUCCAGAGGGAGGGGUUCGGCCGGCAGAGCAUGUCGGAGAAGCGGACCAAGCAGUUCGGAGAUGCGAGUCACAUGGAGUUCGUCAAGACACGCAAAUCCAAGAGCAUGGACCUAGUAGCCGACGAGAUUAACCUCACUCCGCGCUCAGAGAAGACCCCAGGCUCUCCAACACGGGACGUGGGCCCUUCGCUGGGGCUCAAAAAGUCCAGUUCGCUGGAGAGCCUGCAGACAGCCGUUGCCGAGGUGACGCUCAACGGGGACAUCCCGUUCCACCGGCCGCGUCCGCGCAUCAUCCGGGGGAGGGGCUGCAACGAGAGCUUCCGGGCCGCCAUUGACAAGUCGUACGACCGGCCGCCUGUCGAGGAUGACGACGAGGGCAUGGAGACCUUGGAGGAGGACACCGAGGAGAGCUCGCGCUCCGGCCGCGACUCCCUGUCCACAGCCGCCGACCUGCCCGGCAUGGCAAUCAUCGAGAGGUCCGCCAGCAGCGGCCGAACCAAGGAGGACAGGAAGAAGGAGAAGGGAGGGAAGGAGAAGAAGAAGCAGCAGACUGACAAAGAGAAGGAGAAGAGCAAAGCCAAGAAAGGGAUGCUGAAGGGCCUGGGGGAUAUGUUCAGAUUUGGAAAGCACCGGAAGGACGAGCGGCCCGGAGACAAGAUCGAACGCAAGGGCUCGAGCAAGAGCAAGGUGGACGAGACUCAGAUCUCCGAGGAGGAGGCGCAGCGCAUGAAGCUCGAGCAGGAGCGAAUCCAAGCAAAAAUGCGAGAAAUUCGCGAGAGGCAGGCCCGUGAGCGGGACUACGCUGAGAUCCAGGACUUCGGCCGCUCUUUCGGGUCGGAGGAGGAGCACCUCUACGCCGGCAUCGGACCCUUCGACUCCUCGCCGGACAGCAGCCACAGCCCCGCCUUGCCGAACCGGCCACGCAGCCCCAGGGAAGACGAGCAUACGUUGGAGACGCUCUAUGCGCAAGUGAACAAGUCCCGCAACGGACAUCCUCCUCCUUCUGGGGACAGUAACCGAGUCGCCCCCAGCAACCACGACCGGAUACAGAGGCUGCGGCACGAGUUCCAGCAAGCGCAGCAAGACGAGGACCCAGAUAAUCGGCGUCGCACCUACAGCUUCGAGCAGCCCUGGCCCACCGUUGGCCCGUACACGCCUUCGGGACGCCACUCCGUGUCGGUGGAGACGCAGGUGCAGCGACAGCGGCAGGAGGAGCGUGAGUCCUUUCAACAGGCCCAGAGGCAGUACAGCUCGCUACCACGUUUUGCUGCUCUCCCUCCUGUGUCUAUGGCUCCAAAGCCUGUGCUCCCUUCUGCGUGCAGGCAGCCUCGCAAGAAUCCCAGCACUGUGUCGCAGGACUCCUGGGACAAGGUCUGCCCCCCGGGAGAGGGCUUUCAGACGGCUAAGGAGAACCUGCGCUAUUCCAGCUACCAGGGCGCGCGCAACGGCUACCCGGCGGGUGCGAGCGGGGGCGGGGGAGGCUUCAACGCCCGCGUUCUCCUCGAGGCGCAGGAGCUGCUGCGGCAAGAGCAGCGGCGCAGGGAGCAGGAGGCGAAGGCCAAGAACCUCCCGUCCCAGGAUCCCCCCAGCGGCUAUGAAUCCGGCUCGCCCCUCAAGCACCCCGCGUCGACGCCCCCCAAAGGGCCCUUCAGGCAGGACGUGCCCCCCUCCCCAUCCCAGCUGGCCCGAUUGAACAGGUUGCAGGCUAUUGAGAAAGGGCGGCCGUUCUUCCCGUGAGGGGGGCGGAGACAUGCGGCACCACGGCAAUAACACGUAACGGGGAGUAAAACGACGGAUCUCUUUGAAGCGGUUAGACUGGAACUUUUAUUUUUUAAUGAAUCCAUUGCUGUAUUAUGAAUUCCUGUUGCCCUCCACCCCUAACCCCAUCCCUCCCCAACCACAGUACCAUCCUCCUCAUCAGCGCCUUCCUUACGCAGCGUGGACUUUGACAAAGUAGCUGCCAUGUUGAACCCUCCUCCCGCUCUCAGUGCCUUGGUCGCAGUGUCUGCUGUGAACGACAGCUGAUCAUAACCAGCCCUCCGCCCCCUUAUACCCCACCUCUACCUUUGUGUUAGGGCAUUUGCUGUGUGUGUGUGGGCGCGCACGCAUGCACCCUGGGAGCCAAUGUCUCACACACUGACAAUCACAAGCACGGACCAGACACGAAUACAUGAGCGCACGCACACACCCCCCCUGCAAUAAGGGCUCAGUCUGGUCACGACCCCACAGUUCAGAGCAUGAAUCCUUGCAUUUGUCUUUAUGCCCAAAUGGCGUGUCUGCGUUUCUCCCCCUUCACGUGCCUGCCGGUACCUCCAGCACACCUCCCGCUUCUCUUCACGUCAACCCUCCGAGAUCCGGCGGUAACUCUUAGAUCCCCCCCGAGAGGCAGGAUUUGUGUAAAUGGGGUCAGAAUGCGUUAUUAAUGAGUGUUGCUCAUGAAAGAUUCAGCUGUGUGUUGUCUCUGUUGGAGGGGACGCGGUGGGGGUGGGGCGGGGCGGGGCAGGUCGGGUCGGAUGCUCGGCUGCCUUCCUGGCGGCCGCUGAGCACGGGGGUGUCUCCAGUUACAGCCUCCCAGUCCUCGCUGAAUUUUUCAUUAACGGCUCGUUUCGAUGGGAAGCCGCAGCAAGGGGGAUGGAGGGGGGCGCACACCCCCUUCCCGAUGUGUUCCUUUCUUCUUUUCCAACUCAAAUUUCUCCAAUUAAGGAAACAAGGUCCCGAAAUCACGCCGUAACCGACCUUGCUGCCAGGGAUUUGCCCUCCCGUGUAAGCCGUGCCUGUAGCCUGACUCUUGCCGUGUGUGUCGUGUGUCACCCGGCAACCGGAGGAGAUACUUGGACCAGAUGCGGCUGUGGGGAUGGAGGAGGAGUGGACGCUAAAAGGGAAUAUUGACCUGAGCAGUGAUUUAUUGGAGCACGUCUUUAGAAGUGUGCCGCCGGCUUCCUGCACCGAGACCAAAGCGGAGGGAUGUCCGAAGUCUGGUGCGUUCUCACAACCCCCUCCCGACACGCACCCACCCCAGGACCGUUCAUCCUUUCACGUACCGAUCAAUGAGGGAAACCCUCCUCCUUCCUCGGACAGAAAGUGUCCCCCCAAGGAGCAGGUGACACUUCUGCCUGGACUGAGUUCAUAAAGUGCCUCACUCACACGUUGGACGAGAGGACGGGCUGCAUCGUUAUUUUUUAAAAAAAAAAAUUUUUUUUUUUAUAUCUAAAACACCUUGGUACCAUGCUCCGCUUGUCCUUUUUUAUCACUUGACAGCUGUGUCUGACAUCCCAGUCUGUGUCGUCUUGUUCGCCGACGUGCUGUCCUGUUGUUUGUGAUGGAGAUCACCUGCACACAUUAUCAGUGGAGUUUAUCCUGUGUAUUAUUUUAAUUCUCAUUGCCUUUGUUAAUUAGGUACUAUGGUGAUUAAGAGACUAAUGUAAGCACAGUGCAAUUGGUUUAUAUGACUUUUUUCAUUAUGUAUUAAAAACGGCA